CUCAAAGACAAUAAAAUGACUUCUUCUUGUCUUUCCUUCAACAGACGUCAUCAAGUCCAGGGGCCUGACUGGACUCAACAAGGCCGAGAUGGCAGCCAAGCAUGGGGAAGAGCAGGUGAAGAUCCGGAGGAGUUCCUAUGACAUCCCUACCACUCCCAUAGAUGAAAACCACCCUUACUAUCAAAUUAUCAGCAAGGCCCAACGUUAUGCUGCUUUCAAAUCUGGAGAACUGCCAUCUUGUGAGAGCCUCAAGGAUACCAUUGCCCGUGCCUUGCUCUUCUGGAAUGACAAGAUUGCUCCCCAGAUCAAAGCCGGCAAGAGAGUAUUAAUUGCUGCCCAUGGCAACAGCCUUCGAGGUGAUGUGGAAGUAUCAGAAAAUAUAUUCACAUAUAUUAUAUGUAAUAAGCACACUGAAUAUAGAGAAAUCAAGCACUUAGAAGGGAUGUCUGAUGCAGCCAUCAUGGAACUCAGCCUCCCGACUGGGAUUUCCAUUGUGUAUUAAUUGGACAGCAACCUGAAACCUGCAAAGCCCAUGCAGUUCCUGGGUGAUGAAGAGACCGUGAGGAAGGCCAUGGAAGCCGUGGCAGCCCUGGGCAAGGUCAAGAAGUGAGAAGAAGAGGGACAAGGCAUUGGUGAAAUAAAACAUCUGAAAAAC